AUGUAUUCAGCGCCCUCCGCCUGCACUUGCCUGUGUUUACACUUCCUGCUGCUGUGCUUCCAGGUACAGGUGCUGGUGGCCGAGGAGAACGUGGACUUCCGCAUCCACGUGGAGAACCAGACACGGGCUCGGGACGAUGUGAGCCGUAAGCAGCUGCGUCUGUACCAGCUCUACAGCCGGACCAGCGGGAAACACAUCCAGGUCCUGGGCCGCAGGAUCAGUGCCCGCGGCGAGGACGGGGACAAGUAUGCCCAGCUCCUAGUGGAGACAGACACCUUCGGUAGUCAAGUCCGGAUCAAGGGCAAGGAGACGGAAUUCUACCUGUGUAUGAACCGGAAAGGCAAGCUCGUGGGGAAGCCGGAUGGCUCCAGCAAGGAGUGUGUGUUCAUCGAGAAGGUCCUGGAGAACAACUACACAGCCCUGAUGUCAGCCAAGUACUCCGGCUGGUACGUGGGAUUCACCAAGAAGGGGAGGCCGCGGAAGGGCCCCAAGACCCGGGAGAACCAGCAGGACGUGCACUUCAUGAAGCGCUACCCCAAGGGGCAGGCGGAGCUGCAGAAGCCCUUCAAGUACACAACAGUGACCAAGAGGUCCCGGCGAAUCCGUCCCACGCACCCCGGCUAGGCGGGCUCUCCGCGGCCACUGCCCACACUCACACUCAACACAGAACUGUAUCAGAGGAAUAUUUUUACAUGAAAAAAUAAGGAAGAAGCUCUAUUUUUGUACAUUGUGUUUAAAAGAAGACAAAAAACUGAACCAAAACUCUUGGGGGUGGGGAUGGCAAUAAGGAUUUUAUUGUUGACUUGAAACCCCCUAUGAUGACUUGUGUAAAGGGACUGGUGUCAACCCACAGGUGCUUGUCUCUGUCUAGGAACAGACAACUCUAAACUUGUCCCCAGAGGAGGACUUGAAUGAGGAAACCAACACGACACUCUGAGAAACCAAAGUCCUUUUUCCCAAAGGUUCUGAAAGAAAGAAAGAAAGAAAGAAGCCAAAAAGGGAGAAAACAGAAAGAGAAAGUGGUACCACCCACCAACCCCCUCCCUCCCUUUUCCAAACUCCCAUCCCUGCCCCGAACUUCAACAAAAAUCGCUCUCUGGUUUGCAGUCAUUUAUUUAUUGUCCGCUGCAAGCUGUCCCAAGACACCGCGCAGGGAAGGCGUGCCCUUUGGAAUUCUCCGCGCCUCGACCUUCCGACGACGACACGACGACAGACGGCCUCGUCCAAUCAUGGUGACCCUGCAUUGCUCGCAGUUCUGGGGGAUGCUGCUAUCGACCUUCCGUGACUCACGUGACCUAAUAUGCCAAUGAUAAGGGAAUAUUUUAAAACCAGCUAUAUUAUAUAUAUUAUAUAUAUAUAAGCUAUUUAUUUCA